AUGAGUUCACGCCAAAAGGAUAAGGACAAUGAGUUCAUGCUUAAUGAGCAAGAUGAAGACGGAAAUCCAAUCAAGCAGUUUAAAUUAGAUCUAUUCAGACUAAGCAAAUUACUGUCGCUUGUGCAGGGAAAGAAAAUAAAAGUUCCGACAUUCUUGGUUCCUGCUACUCAAAAGGUGUGGAUGGACAUAUAUACUCUCCCGGUUCCAGGAUCUGGCGGUAAAACAUGUUCCCAGAUUUUUCAGGAAGCAGGUUGUGAAACACCUGCUAGUCCUAGUUGUGCGGCUUGUCUGGGCGGCCCUCAAGACACUUACGCACGCUUGAAUGAACCUAAGGUCUGUGUCUCGACCACGAACAGGAACUUCCCGGGUAGAAUGGGGCACACUGAAGGCCAGAUAUAUCUUGCAUCCCCAUAUACAGCUGCAGCAUCAGCAUUAACUGGCAAAGUCACUGAUCCUAGAGAGUUUUUGAUGUGAAGUUCUUGAGAGUAA